AUGCUGAGUGUCGUUUUUAUGGAGAUUCAGCCCGACUGUGGCGGUAUGGACGAGAGCGUAGGCAGUGACACCAAGAGCGUGGAAAAGCAGGAGAAGAUGAAACGGUCCUUGUUAAAAGAUUGGAAGACACGAUUGAGUUCCUUCUUGCAAAAUUCUUCCACUCCUGGGAAGCCCAAAACCAGCAAGAAAAGCAAACAGCAAACUUUCAGCAAGCCUUCCCCAGAGGAAGCACUGCUGUGGUCAGAAGGAUUCGAGGAGCUGCUGGCCAGCAAAUAUGGUGUGGCUGUUUUUAGGGCCUUUUUAAAAUCUCAAUUCUGUGAAGAAAAUAUAGACUUCUGGCUGGCUUGUGAAGACUUCAAAAAAAUCAAAUCAUCCCAGAAGCUGUCCUCAAAAGCAAAGGAAAUAUAUAUAGAAUUCAUAGAAAAAGAUGCCCCAAAAGAGGUAAACAUAGACUUCCAAACCAAAAUCCUUAUUGUCCAAAAUAUACAAAAUGCUACAACUGGCUGUUUUACAUCUGCACAGAAAAGGGUUUACAGCUUGAUGGAGAAUAACUCCUAUCCCCAUUUCUUGGCAUCAGAAUUCUACCAGAACUUGUGUAAAAAACCACAAAUCACCACAGAGCACCAUGCUAUAUGAUUUGAAAAAGGGAGCCCCAGAGUGAGAGACAUGUCUUUCUGCAUCCUGAGGUAGAAGGCUGUCACCUACCAAAGAGAAUGACAUUGAAUUCAGCCUGGUUGUUUGGGAAACAUCUCUCAGAACUACUGAUUCCAAGUUGGGUAGUGAAUCAGGAAGCUGCUGACUAUCUAGGAGAAUCUUGUAUCAGAAUAACUUCCACUGCUCUACAGACACAUGGAAAGAAUAUGUGGCCUGAAUGUGGAGGGUCUCACUGGAAAAGCAAGAAUAUGAAAUGGAAGAUAACACAAUUUAUCCAAACACAUGAAAAAUCAAUGUCUGAGAUUAUGUGGCCUUGGCUAGCUGGCUGUACAUCUUUCCCUAAACCCGUCCAUGUUACCACAUAGUGGCUUUAUUUUUCAGUUUUGAGUCCUAACAUUAGCAGGUUUGCUCUGUGCAAGAGUAUUGAAGCUCUUGUGACUCCAGAUCAUCCAUACUAUUCUUAUGCAUGGUUGAACCUGAAAUGGUCUGUUUGAAUUGCUAGAUAGUUUGUGAAAUAGAGUGGGUGCUCAUGUGUAGAAAGCUACAGUGUCUGUUACAAGUGCCAAAAACUGUCUUGAAGGCAGCAGAAGUUUGAAGUGGUCUUUGGAUAUUUUAAUACAUUUUUUGAUAAAUAAUGCCAUUGAAUGCUUGGAGUCCAGGUAUGAGUUGAUUUGAUUUUAAUAGUUGGAAAUAUGUCAAGCCCAAGGGGAAACAUCUGUCUAGGGAAGCAGAAGCAUCUGUUGCUGUGCCUGUCCUUGGAGAACUGGCAUCCCCCAGAGUGAUUCUCUGAUUCUCAGAUGAGGGUAGCAGGGAAGAUACAAUUUUCUAAACCUAAGUUACAGCACAUCCUUAGAACCACCCUGUGUCAAGCCUCUUGGUAUAAUUUUUUAAAGAUCAAGGUCAUUAAUAAGAACAAUAGGACUUUGAUUUAAAGCCCUUCAUGAGUAUUAAGAACCAACUAAAUAGAAGUGAAGGGUGUGGAGACAAGCACCAAUGUUAGGUUAUUCAAUUGCUCCAAUGAAGAAAGAGCCAAAUAAGGGGAACGUGGGCCUCCCUCUUUUGUCUUUUCCCACUUGGUUCUAAGCUUUCUUUGACAUGUUCCAUGGAUCCGUAUUUUGGCAAAUAUCUGUGACGGGCUUAUCUGGGCCAGUGAUCUGAAAAAGAGUAGAAGACAUGGUUGUCUACUGGGGAGGAAAUGGAGAGAAAAGAUGGAGACUCAAACCUUAUUUUCUUAGAAACAGAUUUCCAUAUGAUCAUCAAGGGUAAGGUCAUCAUCCACAACUUGACAGACUUUACCAGAUCUACCUUCAGGAUGUCCCAGGCACCCUGUCCUUCUCUUACUGCAGCCACCUGCUUCCUCGCUGGUGUUGUCAUUCUUCACCUGGAUCUCAGAAGGCCUCAGUACCUGUGUCCUGCUUCUGACCUGUUCUUGAAAAUUUAUUUUAACAUCAUUUUUCUCAUAUUACAUUUAUGCUCAGAAAACUUGGACUCCUUGGCUCUAAAAUCAUGGUAAACUCUUGUGCCUAAGACUACAAUUUCUCUCUAAUAGCUUGGUUUGUUUUCUGCCUUGCUACUCCUAUCAGCAAUAUUUGAUACAGGCUUUUUUUAUGGGGCCCAAGAUAAACUAUCUCCUCUUAUUGAUCCAAUUUCCCUCCCUCUUUCUCUGCCUUUCAAGUGUAUUUUUUUUAAAGUUUUUUUUUUAAACAAAAUACUCUGUUCACUUGAAUUUUACUCAUUUGUCAAGGCUCAGAUCGAUUCAUUUCCAUGAACUAUCCUCAAGGGUAUAUAAGUCUUCUUUCUCAAGUAAAUGAUCAAUAACUGUACCAUUCUGACAUACUCUACUUCAUUUUCAAAGUAAUUAAUAAAGUUGCAGUCUUGGAAGAUAUUCAGGACCCACUGCUCAUUGAUGAUCUAAUUAAAUAAUUGAUUGGUUGAAUGAUGCACAAACUUUUUUUUAAAAGAUUUUUUAUUUGAAAAGCAGAGUUAUUGAGAGGCAGGGGCAGAGAGAGAGAGAGAUCUUUCAUCUGCUGGUGCAUUCAAAGGAUGGAGCUGGGCUCAAUCCAAAACCAGGAGCCUGGAGUUUCUUCCAGGUCUCCAUAGUAGAGAGAUGUAUUUUGGAAUUUGAAUAUCUGGGACUGGAACCAGUGCCAAUAAGGGAUGCUGGCACUGCAGGUGGUAGCUUUACAUGCUACACCACAUUGCUGGCCCCCAACAAACUCUUAAUUGAAACUACAUACAGUGGGGAGCCAGUACUGUGUUAUAGCUGGUUAAGCCACCACCUGCAGUGCUGGCAUCCCAUAUGAGUACAAGUUCCUUUCCCAGCUACUCCACUUCCAAUCCAGCUUCCUACCAAUGCCCCUGGGAAAGCAGCAGAGGAUGGCCCAAGUGCUUGGGCCCCUGCACCCACAUGGGAGACCUGGAAGAAGCUCCUGGCUCCUGGCUUUGGCCUGGCCCAAUCCCACCCAGUGUGGUCAUGUGGGGAAAUGAAUCAGCAGAUGGAAUAUCUCACUCUCUCCCUCCCUCUCUCUCUUUCUCCUCUGUGUCUCUGCAUUUCAAAUAAAUAAGUCAAUCAAAAAUGUGUUCUUAAAAUGUAACUGAAGAAGAAGGCGCUGAGGCAUAGUGAGUAAAGCCACUGCCUUCAGUGUCGGCAUCCCAUAUGGGCACCAGUUUGAGACCCAGCUGCUCCACUUCUGAUCCAGCUCUCUGCUAUGGCCUGAGAAAGCAGUGGAAGAUGGCCAAAGUUCUUGGGCCGCUGCUCCAAAGGAAGGAGACCUGGAAGAAGCUCCUGGCUCCUGGCUUCAGAUCAGCCCAGCUCUGGCCAUUAUGGCCAUUUUGGGGAGUGAACCAGUGGAUAGAAAUUCUCUAUCUUUCUCUGUCUCUCUGACUUUGCCUCUCUCUAACUCCGCCUUUCAAAUAAUUAAAAUAUUUUUUAAAAUGUAACUGAAAACAAAUCAUUUAAAUAUUCUAGGUGGGACUGAACAAAAAUAUCCAUGGGGCAAGAGCUAUUUUCUCAUAGGGUGAACCAUUGAAGGAGUAGCACUUGAUUUUGUUGUGCUUGUUUAACCUCCAAUGGUAUCUAUUCUUUCUCCUUCACAUAUUCACUACCAUCAUCAAGGCUUCAUUUGUGUCAUGCCAAUGUUACUUCAUAGUUUAUGUGGGUUCUCUCAUAUUAGUUUCCUUUUUCCAAUUCAUCUUACAUAUGGAGUCAGAUUUCUUUUUUUUUUUUCUUAAGAUUUAUUUAUUUGAAAGUCAGAAUUACACAGAGAAAAAGAGAGGCAGACAGGGAGAGAGAGGUCUUCCAUUAGCUGGUUCACUCCCCAAUUGGCCGCAAAAGCCAGAGCUAGGCCUAUCCGAAGCCAGGAUCCAGAAGCUUCUUCUGGGUCUCCCAUGUGGGUGCAGAGGUCCAAGCACCUAGGCCAUCUUCUACUGCUUUCCCAGGCCAUAGCAGAGAGCUGGAUGGGAAGUGGAACAACUGGGACUCAAACUGGCACCCAUAUGGGAUGCCAGCAAUGCAGGCAGUGGCUUUACCAGCUAUGCCACUGUGCUGGCCCAAGAUUUCUUUUAAUAAACACCUAUUUUACCAUAUAUUGUUUUCUCUUCAAAUAUUUCCAAAGUACCAUGGAAAGAGCACUGGAUUUAAGUUAGUGAAUAAGAUUCUGAUCAUACAGCAUUAACUUUCUGGUUAACCCAGUAACCAUCAUCCCUUGGGACCUCAAGUUACUUCAUCUCUAAGGGAGUUGACUAGAUCGAUAAAAAUGCUUCCAGCUCCAAAAUUCUGUCUGGAUUUGGAUGUUCAUUAGAAUAUGUCCCUACCCUGACGACUUUAUUUUUUUUUUACCAAAAAUAUCUAACAUAAAAUCAUGGCUUCUAUCCAUUUGCUGCCUUCCCGAUUAGAAUAAACAAAAACACCAUGAUUUUACUCAUGAUGACCUUCUGUCUGGAUUGCUCCCUCUUCCCUUAAUCUUCCCACAUCUGACACAUUCUUCAAGACUCAGCUCAACAUCUUAAGGUACAACAGUUCAUUAAUCUCCGGCCCAACCUCAGGUUCAAAAUAUACUUGUUGAGUACCUACUCAAAUAAGGCCCUAGUGACACCUAGAGGAAGAAAGGAAAUUCCUGCCCCUGUGGAAUUUACAAUCCAUUGGGGUCAAAGGUAAUGAAUAAGUCACAAAAUAAAACAAGGUAGUUCUGGAUUUUGACAAAUGCUUGUGAGAAAAAAAAAAAAAACUAAGUGAUGAGACAAAAAGACUUGACUGCCUGGGAAGGCACAUUCUAUAUGUUUCAUGAAUUUUUUUAAAGGUAUAUUAUUUAUUUGAAAGACAGAGUUACAGAGAGAGGUAGAGACAGGAGGUCUUCCAUCCGCUGGUUCACUCCCCAGAGGACCACAAAAGUCGGAGCUGCACCAAUCUGAAGCCAGGAGCUUCUUCUGGGUCUCCCACAUGGGUGCAGGGGCCCAAGGACAUGGGCCAUCUUCUACUGCUAUCCCAGGCCAUAGCAGAGAGCUGGGCCAGAAGAGGAGCAGCCAAGACUAGAACCGGCACCCAUAUGGGAUGCCGAUGCUUCAGGCCAGGGUGUUAAGCCGCUGAGCCACAGCACCAGCCCCUCCAUGAAUUUGUAUUGACUGAACAACUAAACUCCAGACUCUGCCUUUUAAUAACAAAUCCUCUUUGAAUAGGAUAAAUAUAAAAGUUAUUUUAGCUAGGUCACAACUUUCUCUUAGUUCCAAAAUAAUCUUUGUCUAUAAAAAUAAUCUUUUAAUCAAAAUACAGUAUGUGAUAUUUUAAAAUUUGAAAUCAUUACUUUAUUUACCUUUUAGAAUUUAUGUAUGUCAAGGGAACAGAUUUGAUGUAUUUUGUAUAUACAAUCUUAAGAGCAUAAUGAUAUUUCUCAUUCUCCCUUUCUCCUUCCCUCCCUCCAUCCUUCCUUACUUUUAAGUUUUGUGCUGACAUACUUUCCAUUUACUUCAUAAUAACAAGAGUAAUCCUUCAAUAAAUAAGGAAUUCAGCCGGUGCCGUGGCUCACUAGGCUAAUCCUCCACCUGCGGCACCGGCACCCCAGGUUCUAGUCCCAGUCAGGGUGCCAGAUUCUGUCCCGGUUGCCCCUCUUCCAGGCCAGCUCUCCGCUAUGGCCCGGGAGUGCAGUGGAGGAUGGCCCAAGUCCUUGGGUCCUGCACCAGCAUAGGAGACCAGGAGAAGCACCUGGCUUCAGAUCAGCACGCUGUGGCAGCCAUUAGAGGGUGAACCAAUGGCAAAAGGAAGGCCUUUCUCUCUAUCUCUCUCUCUCACUGUCCAUUCUGUCAAAAAAAUAAAUAAGGAAUUCAUCAAGUUUAAUGACAUAAAAAAAUCUCUUGAAUUAUUUCUGAAAUCAUCAAGAAUAACAGGUUUAUCCAACUAUUGUGCCAAUCUUGUGAUGAUACACCAGACUAAUGAUCAAGAUAAUCUUCAUCCUUAUGAUUAAGUUUGUAUUUAUUUAUUUUAGAUAUGAGAGAGAUGGAGGCAGAUAAAGAAAGCUCCUCCCAUCCACUAGUUCAUUCCUCAGUUGCCCACAAAGGCCUAGGCUGGACCAGGCCAAAAACAAGAGCUGGAAACUCCAUCUGGACCUCCCACAGGGAUGGCAAGGACCCACAUACUUGAGUCAUUAUCUGCAGUCUCCCAGAGUGCGCGUUAGCAAGAACUAUUUUCAAGCUCUGUCUUGAAGCACCUUGUCUACUACCAAGGGAAUGAUCUCACUGUUCUGUGUCAGUGUCAGUGUCAGCCUCUUGUUUGGUGCCACACCUUUAGCCCUUUGAACGCACUGUUCUUGUGCCUAAAAUAGCCUUUUAUCCUCUGAUUGAGGUGAUCUUAACAUUAUUCAGCUCUUUGAUAAAAUUGGACUUCUUCAAAACUUCACAGAUGAACUCCAGGCAGGAUGAAUAAUUUCUUCUUAUCUCCUGCAGUAUUUUAUUCAUACAUCGAUUAUAGCAUUUUAUUGAAAUAAUAUACCUCAAAGCAUCACUUUCUGUACUUACUUUUUAGAGCUAUCUCCUCUGUCAAUAAGAUUAUUCAAUGUCCAGUUUAUUUGUUUACUGUUUUUUACACAAUGUUACAUGUAUUUUUUCUUUAAUCAGUGUUUUGCAGUUUUCAAUAUACAUGUUCUACACAUUUUUUGUUAGAUUUACAAGUUAUGGGUUUUUUUAUGAUUUAUUUACUUAAAAGGCAGUCAUAGAGAGAAGGAGAAGCACAUGGCGCGCACACACACACACACACAGAUCUUCCAUCCUCUGGUUCACUUCUCAAAUGGCCACAUCAGCCAGGGCUGGGUCAAGUUGAAGGAAGCCAGGAGACAAGAGCUUCAGCUGGGUCUCCCAUGUGUGUGCAGGGACCCAAAGACUUGGGCCAUCUUCUGCUGCUUUCCAAGGCAUGUUAAGUAGGAAGCUAGAUUGGAAAUGGAGCAGCUGGGACCUGAACAGGUGGCCACAUGGGAUGCCAGCAUCACAUGCAGUGGCAUAAACUGCUGUGCUCUAAAGCUGAUCCCUUUCUUCACUUGAGUGGCUAAACUUGCUAUCAGACUUUUCAUUUUGUUGCCUGUAAUUCAUUGCUGUUUUAUACAAAUUCUACUGUGUUUCAUGUUUAUCUUGUACCCUAAGACCUCACUGGAUUUAUUGGCUUCAGGAUUUUAUUUUUGUAGAUUCUUGAAUUUGUUGUUUUAUAGAGACAAUCAUGUCUUUUGCAAAUAUAGGCAGUCAAAUUUAUAAUUAUUGCCUUAAACCCUGUCAGAUAAUUCCAUCAUCUCUGCUUUCUCAUUGUUGGUAUCUACUGAUUGUCUGGGUUUAUUCAAGUUGAGAUUUGCUUCGUUCUUGGUAUGACAGGUGAUUUUCUGAGUCUGAGUAAUUAUGAUGAGAACCUGCCGCUCCCUUGCCCGCAAAGGAACGACACUGUUCGCAGCUCAUCGGUCUUCAGCAGACUUUUAAUGGGAAAAUAACAGGGACAGUGAAAGAAUGAAAGGAGGAGAGUGGACAGGAAAGCCCCCUCCUUCCUCAGCACACAGCUUAUAUACAAAAUCUGGCCAAUUGCAAGCCGGCUCAAGUCCAUGCACGGAACACUCCAAUCCGCUGUCUGUUCACGCAGUGUGCACGCGUCCCUGGGCCAAUCAGAUGAGAUGUCACGCAGCAGGCAGGCUCACCGCAUAGUCCUCAGCGCCAUCUUGUUAUUUACGAGACAGGCUCAGUGCCUCUGGAAAGUCCCGGCCGUGGGAAAGCAUUGCUGGAACCGAAACUAGCAGCGUCCGCCUUGCGAUAAAGACACAGCAGCAGCUAUCAGGCCGAACUUGACGUGGGGGCUCCAUGGCUGGCCAGCCCAUGGGGCCCCACAAGAACCUACAUCCUAUUUAGCCAAACCUAUUGCACCUGGUUUGGGCUGUGCUCUUCCAACAGAAGAGGUCCUGCUUUGUUCUCAAAUGGGAAAUAAGUCCAGGUUCCCUGCUGGCUUAUAGUUGGCCCCCAACAAGGAGGGACAAUCCUUUUCCUUUUGGACAGGUGUGGAGAUGCAGCUCUCUGCUGGUUUCUAUGGAUGGCCCUGGUUUUCAGCUUGUCUAGAUUUGCAGUUUAUACUCUGCUUUCAGCAUUUGCUGGCCUGGGUAGAGGUCGGCAGUUAUUGUUUAAACAGAUCUGUCUUGGCCAGCGCUGUGGCUCACUAGGCUAAUCCUCCACAUGUGGCGCCGGCGCACCAGGUUCUAGUCCCGGUCGGGGUGCCAGAUUCUGUCCCGGUUGCCCCUCUUCCAGGCCAGCUCUCUGCUGUGGCCAGGGAGUGCAGUAGAGGAUGGCCCAAGUCCUUGGGCCCUGCACCCCAUGGGAGACCAGGAUAAGUACCUGGCUCCUGCCAUCAGAUCAGCGCAGUGCGCCGGCCGUGGUGGCCAUUGGAGGGUGAAGCAACAGCAAAGGAAGACCUUUCUCUCUGUCUGUCUCUCUCUCACUGUCCACUCUGCCUGUCAAAAAAUAAAAUAAACAGAUCUGUCUUGUGAGGCUGCCCCUUUCCUUAUCAUUUGGCUUAAGAAAUAAAGCUUUUGUUGGGACUUUUUUGUCUUCUUCCUGGCAUUUCUGAGUUACCAGUUGUUGGGUUCCAAGUCUGACAUAUAUUAGGCCAAAGGACAAGCUAGAGAACUUUCCACCAUCUCAUUUCUUGGGUCCUAGUCUCUAGCUGUUUGUCCUACUUCUCUCUACCUUUCAGUCUUUUUUCUUUUUAAGGAUUUAUUUGUUAAUUUGAAAAACAGAGUUACAGAGAGAGGGAGUGAGAGAUCUCCCAUCCAUUGGGUCACUCUCCAAAUGGCCACAACAGCCAGGGAUGGGCCAAACUGAAGCCAGGAGUCAGGAGCUUCUUCCAGGUCUCCCUUGUGUGUGGCAGCGACCUAUGCAUUUCAGCCAUCCUCUGCUGUUCUCCCAGGCAUAUUGGAAGGAAACUGGAUCAGAAGUGGAACAGAUGGGAUCAGCAGGAACACAAACUAGUGCCCAGAUGGGAUGCCAGCAUUGCAGGCAGCAGCUUAAUGCACUACACCACAAUGCUGACCCCUACACUUCAGACUUUUUAUGUUUGUUUUCUCUAUAAUGUACAAACGUUUUAGUUGUAUUCAGUGGAAAGAAAUAGGGAAAAUAGUGUGUUUUCUAUUUUUCAGAAAGUGAACAUCUUCUCUACCAUUUUUUGCUUUUAAUAUUUUGAUUACCAUAUUUACAAAAAUUGGUUUCUUUCUAUGCAUUUAUGCAUCCUCUGAGAAUCAUCAGAUAGUCAUAGAAAUUAUAAGCUUCCCAGAGAGAUUAAACUUCCCAAUGGGCUGACUGCAUUCCUAACCAAACUGUGUGAGUGUGAGUGUGAGUGUAUGUGUGUGUGUGUCAAACUGGAGGUGGGUGGCAAGGUGAUCAACUGCCUUCUACAAUAGCUAAAGAUGCAAAAUUGGAUUGACAAUUAUACUGGUGCCAAAAAAAAAAAAAAACAGAAAAUACAGAUAGAGAAGUCAAGUAAAUCUCCAAGGGUGAGAGUCAGUGACCAGUGCUCCUUUUCCUCCUUAAAAUUUGGGGAAAUUCUGGGUCACAUAACAAUCUCUUUACUGUACAAAUACCUUCAUCUUUACCAAAUUGUUAUAUUUUCCAAUUUGAAUUUUUCCUUCUGAUUGUGUUCAAUUUGUAGUGGAUAAUUUGUUUUACAAAUUUAGUUAUUUAUUUGAAGGCAGAGUUACAGCAAGAGGGGGAGUGAGAGAGGAAGAGAUCUUUCAUCCUUUGGUUCAUUCUUCAAAUGUCCGCAGCAUUGCAGAGUGGGCCAGGCCAAAGCCAUUAGGCUGAACAGUGGAUACUCUCUUUAAUCAUUAAUUUAAAAUAGAAAGGUUUAUUGACAUAUGCUAUGAUCAAAUUCAGUAAAAGAGGAGCAAUAAAUAUUGCUAUCUAUACUU